GAAUGCCGUCAGUUGCCCGCCAACUUGAGCUGUGAGAGGACGCGCCGCUCAGAUACAAAAUACAACGAUACACAGACACGCCUGCAGAGUCGAUGGUCGAUCGGCCAGGGAUUGAGAGCCAUUAGCCUGUUAGCCAAUCAACCGCCCAACCAGCCGGACGGACAGACCAUAGACAGAAGCCAGACGGAAUUAGCCAGAGAGUGCCGUCCCGAUCUGCAGACGGGGAUCCCACAACGAACUCGAGAACUGUUAUCGAUUCGCGGGAGCCGGCAUUUGACACGCUGCGCUGCCUAUCCUGACUGUAGGCCCAUCUCGGCUCAGUUCCCGAUUUUAUGGCUACGGCUAUGGCGUGCCCGUGCCGCCUGCACUAAUGAUGUCGCGUCAAGAGCCACUGCAACAACAACAGCAAAACCCAGAGCCAGAACAACAGCUAACAAGAACUGCAUCAGUGGAAGCCGCGCAGCCUUGUGGAAGUCGUCAUCGAAUCCGUUCCAGCCAAGUUGCAAGUUCGAGGCGCGCGUUUACCUGACCGCCCGUGUUUCAGUGUGUGUGUGUGUGUGUGUGUGUGUGCCUGUGUCUAAUUUGCCUCUCCGCCAACGCCAACGCCAACGACAGCGUCACCGUCACCCCGCUGAAAAAAUCUCCGGGCAGUAAUCGAAUUUGGAAUCGGUAUUAAAAUCGGACCAUACCUUUACCUUAGCCCCUUAUCGCGCUUCAAUUUACAAUUUACAAUUUACAAUUACAAUCAACCACUAACGAAUCGCAAUAAAAUCAGAGUUCCCCAUUCGAACCGUUCAAAUUUGAAUCAAUUAAUGCCAAUGCGAGCCUGCUGCAUCUGGCAAUAAAAGAGAGAAAAGAAAACCCCACGAGCCAACUAGAACUUUGAACCGCCCGUACGAUGGACUUCCAGAGCGCCAUGGAGACUUUUGCCGAGGCCUGGGUGGCAGCCAAUGCCGGACAGCAGAGUCAGGCCUUGGCUUUGACGCGGGCAGCCAAUGCGGCCGCCGUUGUGGCCGCCGCCAAUGCCAAGUCCCCUUCGGCCUCUGUCUCCGCCGCCGCCAGUCUGGUGGACAUGGCCGUUAAGAAGGAGCACUCGCUGUCGCCUCCCCACAGCGUGGUGGGCGUGCCCGGCGAGGAGGUGACUGCCAUGCAGUAUAGACGCAGCUCGUUGCAGGGCGUACAGGAGAAGCUCACCCAGCUGCAGAUGCAACACCAUCAGCAGCAACAGCAGCAGCAGCAGCAACAUCAUCAUCACCAGCUCCAGCAGCAGCAGCAGCAGCAACAGCUCCAACAGCAGCAGCAUCAGCAGGGCGGAGGCGUGACAGGGGAAGGGGGUGGCCGACGCUCCGCCGAGGGCAGUCCCUCAACCAUACAUCCCGCCCAGCAGCAGCAACUGCAGCACCAGCAGCACGUGCACAAUUCCGAUGGCAAUGCCCUGUCCUCGUCCACGGCAUCAUCUAGUCAGAAUGCCACCCCAAAGAGUGAGAGGGAUCGCGAGAGGGAGGAGCGCGUGGAGCGGGGAAGCAUCUCGUGUCUGCCUCCAGCCGCCCUGGGCAUGACCGUGGGCGUACAACAGGCCCAGCAGCAAGCGGAGAAGCUACUCAGCCAUCCGGCCCUGGACUCGCGACGGGACUUCGACAUCAGCAAAGUAAAUCCCAAAUCACUUCCACUCCAUUGUGUGGUGGAGUCGGUGCACUCACUGCACGCCUCCCUCACCAUCGACAGCCGGCAGCCCUGGAAGCGUCGGCCCAACAUCGAGACAGACAGCUACGUGAUCAUAGCAGCGGCCACGCCCUGGAGCGAGAUUGUCCAGACCGCCCUGCAGCGGCUGGGCUACUCCCAGGAGGUGGCCAACACAGCCAGAGGCUCCCUGAUCAUCAAGCACUGGAAGCCCAUACCUCUGGAGCAGAUAUCGGACAAUCCGGCGGUGCCGGUGAGCGACAUUGUGGGAGAGCUGACAUCCGUGAUCACCCUGCGCAUCGUGAUCCUGCGGCCCAAGACCUCUCCCUUCGGCGAGAUCAAGGACAAGCUGCUUAAGCUGCUCGUGUUGCAGUCGCACGCAGUGCUCCGUUCCACAGGCUGUCCUCUGGAUGAGGUAACCCUCUCGCAGAUCUGCCGCAGCUCGCACCAGAACACGUACGCCAUGCCCGGCGGGGAGAUGUCCGAGGAUCUGCGCCGCAAGUUCGACCAGUGGUGGUCCAACCAGCUCUCGCCACAGGCGGCCAUGGCGCCCAAGAUGCUGCCCUUCAUGACGGCUCCGUCGGCCGUACCCGUGCCCGUGCCCGGGGAUAUGGACUUCCCCGUUGGCUCGGCCAUGGCUGCAGCGGCGGCGGCAGCAGCUGCCCAUGCGGCUGUCGCUGGGGGGGCAGCUGUGAACAAUCCUCUAGGAUCGAUGGGCAGUCGGGAGAGUCUGCUACUGGCAAACGAAGCCGCUGUUCACCAUGCCACCGGAGGUCAGGCGGCGGCCGCGGGUCACCAUAGUAGCAUGCUGGUGCAUCCUAUGCAUGCCGCGUCUAUGCAUCAUCACCACCACCACGGAGCCACCCACGGUCACGGCCCACAGUAUCCUAACCAGAAGACACGCAUGCGCACCAGCUUCGACCCGGAGAUGGAGCUGCCCAAACUGCAGAAGUGGUUCCAGGAGAAUCCCCAUCCCUCGCGCCAGCAGAUCCAGACCUAUGUGGUGCAGCUGAAUACCUUGGAGUCGCGCCGCGGUCGCAAGCCGCUCGACGUCAACAACGUUGUGUACUGGUUCAAGAACGCACGGGCUGCCCAGAAGCGGGCUGAGAUGCGGGGCGGGAGUCUGGGCAGUGCCAUGAGCGCUCUGGGUCACGCCGCCAUGAACGGCUACCUCAGCCAGCACGCCCCUCUUGGCCAGAAUUCGAGCAGCAGUGCCGGCAGCCAGCCGAUGAGCAUGGGGAAUCUUUCCAUGACGCACGAUUAUUUAAAGAGCCCCAUGAGCCUGAAAUCGGAGGACAUCGACACCAUGUCGCAGCACUCCGACGAGAUGGAGGAGGAGCCAAGUCGCCCCAACACGCCCCAGUUGCCGCUCUCACUCACCACCCACGAGCGCAACCGCAGCUCGCCCCUGAUGGACCAGGACGAGGAGGAGGAGGAGGAUCAGGGGGAUCAGCAGCAGCAGCAGCCACAGCGUGUAAAGAGCGCCGGCAGCGAUGUGAUUAACGGCAAUCUGAGAGAGACCGAGGAGGAGCGCCAGGAGAAGGCCAGUGACGUCCAAGACAACGAGAAGGAAAGCGCACACAACGUGGAGGAGGUGCCCCAUUCAGAGGCCGAACCUCUGGUGGAUGCCGCCUCCAGCCUAAACAACAACAACAACAGCAGCAGCCACUCGCACAUCGAGCACGAGCACGAGGUCGUGAGCUCCACGCCAAAGCGCACCAUUCCUAAGGAGGAGGAGGACGACCUGGACAUGGACGAUGACGAGGAGGACAACGAGAAUGACGUGAGUCACCUGGAUGAGUUCCGCUCGCCCUCGCCAGACCUCUCUGGUGCCGUGGCGCCGCACAAGGACCAGCUGCCCUUUCCCAUGGUUCCCAAUUCGAUGUUCUCGCAAUCCUUCAUGUACAUGAGCCACUACAUCCCGGCCUUUGGACAGGCGGCCGCGGCCCAUCCGCACCAUCAUGCCGCUGCUGCGGCCGCUGCCGCCGGGAUCCAGCCGAACGCCCUGAUGGGGGGCGGCGGCGGACUCAACCUGUCGAGCAUCUCGAACGAGGAGCGCCGGAAGCGGAAUCGCACCUUCAUCGACCCGGUCACGGAGGUGCCCAAGCUGGAGCAAUGGUUCGCCAUGAACACGCAUCCCUCGCACAAUCUGAUCCUCAAGUAUACGGAGGACCUGAACACCAUGCCCUAUAGGCAAAAGUUCCCGCGUCUGGAGAGCAAAAAUGUGCAGUUCUGGUUCAAGAACCGUCGGGCCAAGUGCAAGCGCCUCAAGAUGUCCCUGUACGACAACAACCAGUGCGGACAGAUGGGAGGCCUGAGCUCCUUUGUGCCCAAGUACGAGGAGCGGGAUUGAUUCAAAUAAAUCCAAAGUAGCCGAAGCAUUUCUUCCUUGUAAAUACUUGAGCGAGACACAUACCACACACAUACUACGCUGGCGCAGGAGUUAUGGAAAAAACACUAUACCAUAUAUACUAUAUAAACUAAUAAAUAAUCCCUAGUUUAGUCCACUCUAA